UGCGUGCGUGCGUGUGUGCGUGCGUGUGCGUGUGCGUGUGCGUAUGCGUGUGUGUGUGUGUGCGUAUGUGUGUGUUUGUGUGUUACUUCUUGACCCCAGUCUGUGGGCCAUUCCCUUGUGAGAUCAGCAGCACACUACAUGGUGAUGUAACCCGGUGGUACGAGACAUGCUUUUGGGAAUAAAAUAACUGACAUCGAGUAAUAUAAGACGACAACAACAACAAUAACAACAACAACAACAACAACAGGAGAAGUAACAGGCUUGGACAGGAGGAACACAGAGAUGGCUGUGCUGUACCGUUCACCUUCACUGCAGAGCAGCGAGCUCCUGGCGCUGUACGGACGAGAAGCGGACCCUUACAGAGGAAGAGAUCGGGGCCCUGGCUAUGAGGAGUAUGAUGUGGAUUCAGAGGGCAGCGAGGAGGAGAGAGACGACAUGCGGAGCGUUCUCUCUCUGGAGGAAGGAUACGGCGUGGAGAGAGGGGAGCGCUCAGGCCUGGGACGCGUCUACUUCUCCAAUCAGGACUACUACCAGAGGCUGGAGCAGCUGCAGAGAACCCACCUGAGGAACAUGGCUGAGCUGGAGAAGAUGUAUAUCUGUACAAGGUCAAAGGUCAACAAGAAGGACAAUCAGGAGGAGUGUUUGGAGAGAGAGGGCAGAGACAAUCAGGAUCUCCAACCCAGUGUCACGUGGGAAAGCCAGAGCUCUGGCUCUAUGCCAGUGAGGCGACUGCAGAGAAUCCUUUCAGACGAGGAGCUGAACUUCCACGAGGAGACGUCCGGCGACGUGUCUGACCAAUCAGGAGACGGUGUUGACGUGUCUGACCAAUCAGGAGACGGUGUUGGUGGAGACGGAGAAGAGGAGGAUAACCAUUAUGAACUGCUGCUGGAAGAGAGAGAAGAGGACAGCCACAGCCCCGGGGCCUGGAGAAGGAAAGACAAACCCCUCAGGAACAGUCUCAGGGACAGUCAGUCCUGCUGUCCAGAGAGUGUGACCACCACCACCACCACCACCACCCGUAAGCAGCCAUCAUCUACGUCAUCAUCGAGGAGCCAGCUCCAGAUCCAGCUCCAGCUGAGAGGCUGCUGCCCCAUGAGCCAGGGCAGAAACCAGGGAAGAAACCUGAGCAACACAGGGAGGAGAACCAGAGGCGAGAGCUAUAGGGGGGAUGGAGGUCCUGAUAACUCCAGGGGGACUGUGACCGUCCCCGAGCCGUUCAGGAUGAUGAUGAGGGAGGAGGAGAAGAAGAGGAGGAAGGUCAGGACGCGUUCAGAGGUGGAGCUGGAGAACUUCCUGCUGCGCCGGGAGCUGGACGAGCUGAGGGAGUGUGGCAUGAAGUUCCGGGCCUCGCCGGCGCCCGCCCACACUCGCCUGCCGCUCUACGACGUCAUCAGCCGACGCCUCAGCCAGUGGCCCGGUUACCAUCCCGGUAACCACAGAGUUAACUUCGGUAAUUAUCGGUGUGUCACGGUCAGCGGUGGCAACCAGCGGGCCUCCUCCUGCUCACCCCAGAGACCGUUCAGCUUCCUGGAGAGAGAGAGGAGGAAGAGGGAGCAGAGGAUUGAAGUGGAACUGGGGAACCUGGUGGCCAAAGAGGAGAGGAGGGCAUUCAAGGCCAGGCCGGUGCCCAGGUCUGUGUACUACAGCCACAGCGCCACCCACAGGCAGCAGAGCAAAGUGCAGCAGCAGCAGCUGACGAGUCAGAAGAAACUGAAGAACAUGACCCACCAACACAGCACGCGAUCUACACCAGGCUUGCGGGCCGAGGGUCCAGGAGAGAAGAGGGGGGACACAGAGGAGGGCGAGGACCAGGGCCUAACGCUUGUGGAGAAAGAGAAGAGUUUUCGCCUAAAAAAGGAGGGACUCCCGUCCUACGACAGCAAUAGCUACUGGCGUUCUCAGAGCCGGAGCAGGCGUCCGUCGAUCAAGAUGGGGACGGGGGGACCUAGGAAGCAGCUUGAGCUCCAGAUAGACAUGGAGUCUGAGAGGAGGAAGGAUAGAGAGAGGGAGUUGUCUUACAUCGACCCACUCUGUACCCCUGGCAGCCCCAACAACCUCUGUUCGUCUCUCGUCAGUCAGGAGGACCUCCCUCUCCCAGCAGGAAAAACAGACUACAUCAGCGUGUGUAAAAGCCGUGAUCAAGUCGUUGAAAGUGUUCUGUAAAGGGUUCAUUCAUUUUGGUCAAAGUCAAGACCUGUAUCCUCUACCACUAAACAUGUUAACUCCUGUCUCUCUGGGUCAUCCUUUACGUGUACAGAGCCUUCAGAAAGCAUUCAUAUCACUUGACUUAUUCCACAUUUUGUUGUGUUACAUCCUGAAUUAAAAAUGGAUUAAAUAUCCCCCCCCCCAUCUACAUACAAUACCCCAUAAUGACAUCACAACAGCCCAUAAUGACAUCACAAUAACCCAUAAUGACAUCACAACACCACAUAAUGACAUCACAACACCCCAAAAUGACAUCACAACACCCCAAAAUGACACCACAACACCCCAAAAUGACAUCACAAUACCCCAUAAUGACAAAGUAGAAACAUGUUCUUAGAAAUAUUUGCACAUUUAUUGAAAAUGAAAUACAGAAAUAUGUCAUCUAAUUUGUAAAAUAAAAAAUAAAAAACUGUUUCCACUUUGACAUUAUGAGAUAGGUCAGUGACAAAAAUCUCAAUUCAAUCUAUUUUAAAUUCAGGCUGUAACACAAAACGUGGAAAAAAGUCAAGGGGUGCGAAUACUUGGUCUCUAAUAAUGUAACAGAGUUGAGUUAAUACAUGACAGAUCAUUAUAUGACAGUGGUUUCAUACAUAAACUAGAUGUUUUGGAGACAUCUGAGACUGUAUUUGCGUGUUCUAAUAACGACACUGAUCAUGUCUUGAUAAACUGUCUUGAAUUUACAUUUUUGAACGAAGCCCUUGUUUUGUUUGUAGCAGUGUCUUUUCCCACUGUUCACAGGUGUAUGACAAUGCAUCCAUGAGAAAACACACAAAAGUAGUCUGUCUGUUGUGGAAAAUAAAACAAAGUCAUUUAGGGUAACAUUGGCACAUAUUGUAUUGUAGUCGACACCAAAUGAAGUUGUCGAGUAAUGUGAAAUACACCAGACAUUAAAUUGGGAUGUUACAAAUAUAUACAUAUAUAUCUCUAUAAUGGCAAAAUGAUUGAGUC